UCGAGUGUGAAAUCCGAACGGUAGGUUCGUUCUCAACGGGGACGGUGUGGUGUGUGGUGAAUCAUCCGCGUCGCGCGACCAAUUCGCGUCCGAAAACGGUCCAAUGCGCUUCCUCCGGUGCUAAAAGCGCCCGCAGUUUUGUCGGUUUUCCAUUCAGCAGAGCGUGAAAAAUCAAAAGAAAAAAUUCGCCAGUGAAAUAGUUGGAGGCAGCUGACUGUCAGCUUGCACAGUGGCGGUGCAGUUUUAGGAUUGUUUGGCGGUGGACCGAAAGACAAACGAACAGAAGAGUGGACACCGGAGGCGGAAGCUCCAUCCGUCAGGAGCAGGGCAUUACUAGCCUGAUCUUCCAAGGGAGCACAACAACAGCCAAAUCAUGCAGCAAAUAGCUAACAUCAUUGGCUCCAAUGUCUACUACGAUGGCAGCCGGGUGUUUGCCUGGCUCGCAGAUCUCUGCGGACUCUCGGUCGAUUUGGUCAACUUCCUCAUCACACAAUUUCUGGCACUGAUCCUCGCGUCAGUCUUCCGUUCCUAUCUGCACCCGUCGAAGGUGACGGCCAGCACACGGCACGCCAUCGGACUCGUCAUCGGGCUGUUCUUCGGGUACUUUUGCUUCGGCCAGCAGGCCAUCCACAUCGCAGGACUUCCAGCUGUUUGCUAUGUCGUCAUACGCACACAGAAUCCGCAGAUCGUGCAACGACUCGUCAUGGUGGUCGCCUUGGCGUACCUGUCGUGCAUCCACCUGCACCGGCAGUACUACGACUACGGUUCGUACUCGCUGGACAUCACCGGACCGCUGAUGAUCAUCACCCAGAAGGUGACCAGUCUGGCGUUCAGCAUCCACGAUGGUUUCACGCGUGAGAUGAAGGAUCUCACGCGCAGCCAGCAGGAGCACGCCAUCCGGAAGCUUCCCUCGGCGCUGGAGUUUUUCUCCUACACGCUGCACUUCCAGGGUCUGAUGGCGGGCCCGCUGGUGUUCUACAAGGACUACAUCGAUUUCAUCGAGGGCUGCCAUAUUCUCAAGCAGACGGCCGUUUCCAAAGUAAAGUAUGACAUUGAAAAGGAAAUUGUCCACGAACCAUCGCCGGUGAAAGUGGUCGUCAAGAAGGUGAUUGCCAGUUUAGUUUGUGCGCUGAUCUUUGUGAAGUUUGCAACUAUAUAUCCCAUCAAGGCCAUGAAAGACGACGGUUUUAUGGCAUCAUCCGGGUUCAUGUACUCGUUCUGGUACAUGAUGAUGGCCACUACGGCCGUCCGUUUCAAGUACUACUUUGCCUGGCUGAUGGCCGAUGCCAUCUGCAACAAUUCCGGGCUUGGGUUCAACGGUUACGAAAAGGACGGGGUUACGCCUCGCUGGGACAUGGUGUCCAACAUCGACGUGUGGGCAUUCGAGUUCGGCACGAACUUCCGCAACUGUAUCAAUGCCUGGAAUACCGGUACGAACCGGUGGCUACGGAUGGUGGUAUUCGAGCGCGUCCCGAAACGGUACGGCACGGUGCUGACGUUCAGCUUGAGCGCCCUGUGGCACGGAUUCUAUCCCGGAUAUUACAUGACAUUCGCCACCGGGGCGUUCAUUGUGAUGGCGGCUCGCGUCGCCCGGAAGUUGUUCCGCGAACCCUUCCAAGAUACGGCAUUUAAACGGAUAUUUUACGACAUUCUGACCUGUCUCGUGACGCGUGUUUUUAUGGGGUACGCCACAUUUCCAUUCGUUUUGCUCGAGUUUAAGGCUAGUCUUCGUAUGUACCUGAAUGUUUUUAUGUGCCUUCAUCUAGUCGCUUUGAUCACUGUAUUUAUUUUAACGAAGUUUGUACCACGCGGUGAACGGAAACGUACUUCCGUUGCCACCGCCGUCAGUGCCAGUUCCGGUGCUGUAACGACAUCGCACGGCACGUCGCCGGUGAUCGACUCCGGAUGUCGACAGCAGUCGUCGCUAAAGCCUGGCGCUGGCGAGAAUGGCUGGCAGAAACUCACCGCCACCACCACAGCCGAAAGAAACGGAACCACCGCCAAUGGUUGUGCCGCCACCGCAGCCACUGUUACCGUCAACGGCCACCACCCGGAAACGAACGAAACUGCAGCAACUAGUAAGACUGAGAGGGAAAGUGAUAAUCUAUCAAAUCUUAUCAAGGAGAAGAUCGAACAAGAAACGCGCAACAUCGAAGAACUGAUCGACAAAACUGUUACCGGUAUCGUCGAACUGAAGGACGACCUGAUGCGGAUGAACGAGAACAACGAGAUAUUCAUCUCGGCUGAAACGCUUCGCAAACGCCAGCAAAGCAAGGCCGAGAUUCACAGCGGCUCGGACCACGUCAUCGGAGGAGGAGGGGUGGAUGCUUUCCUCAAGAAGGAGAUCGAUGCCCUCAACGCCGCCGUACAGCAGGUUAACGUAUUACCGGCUGUCCUUAGUAAUGGCCAUGCCAAAUAAUAUUCUUCCAGCCAUCAUCGGCGACAAAACCGGGUCGAGUUGGAACACCUUUAAAAAUACCAUACUAAGAUUUUUGAACAUUGCGGUUCACGUGGUGUUUCAGAUUUGUGCAAAAUAAAAUCCCGGAACCCGCAGAGAUCGCACGGACAAAACCGAUUCCUUUGUGAUGUUUUCGAGUGGAGGUAAUUUUUCCUCUCUUCCUUUUUAUUAAUACAAGAUUUAACAAAUUGCUACUAUUAAAGUACACACACAAACACAGAUACACAAAUACAUACAAACUAUGAAAAGCAAACCUAAUUCAAGUGAGUAACUUUGAUAUGUGUGCGCAUAAUUUAAGAUUAUAAUGAUAAUGGUAACUAGAUAUUUCCAAAAAGAAAAAAAAACGUUAUAAUAACUAUUGCAAACCAAGAAAACUAACUAAAAAGCACACAAACACGCUCUCGAUGGAGAAUUCUAGGACGAUGGUAGAUGUGAACAAACAACAACUGGAAAGAUUGUGUAAUUUGAACUCAUCCAACAAACCAAAACGGAUUUUAAUAUAUUAUUGAUAUAGAACGGAUGUGACGUGGUGGGGCUGGCUCACCGACACUUCCGGUCCGCUUUAGUGCUUUAUGCAUCAUUGUGGCCAGGUGUUGCUCUAGUUUUUCCAACUGUAUUGUAAAGCAUGAGCGGUGAUCCUUGGCAUACUUGUGUAAAUUGGGGUAGGUACUCGAAAUGUUGAUCGAUCACCGAUUAUUGCUGGCAGAUGCAGUGGAAAGUUUGUCUUAAUACGUAUCAAUCGUCUCUGACAAACGAGAAAAACUGACUUCACUGAUUACCUGUCUCUGAGCCAAAUUUGGUAUAGAGUCUUCAGUCUCCGAUUAAUCGCUUCAUGUUUGAUGGAGGUUUUUAAUCCAAUGGGUUACAUAGCCGCUAUCCGAAUGAAGAGAGUAAUGUUCCGCGUAAUAUAUCACAAAUCGAAAGAGGUACGGUACAUUACGUGGAGCGGAUAUACUGAAUUGGGUACCAGACCAAGUCCCUGCUGGGUGGCGCUAAAUAGGUGAGCCAUAGACAAUAGAAUCGUCAAUGUCGUAGGGCAUAGUAUGUGACUAUUGUCGAAACAACACUAUUUUUGGUCAGUGUCCACUAAGCGCAUAACUAUGUUAGGGUCAAGAUUAGGAUGAAAUCAUUGGUAAAAUAUAAUAACACUUUUUAGUUUGUGUAGUUCGUUGUGUAGCAUGGUUAAUUAUUUUAUGAACAAUAAUUUUAUUGACGAAUCCGAUUUAAAAUAAUUGAAUAGUAAUUUUUGUUAGGCCAUAUUAUAUUAAAAUAAUCACUAUCAUUAUCAAUGAAUGCUAUCCGCUCAAGAUCUUCGCUACAUUGAAUUUUGAAGUACUGGAGGCUUCACUUAUCAACAAAUUAACAACAAACACACUAUAACAGUAUCUAGAGAAUCGUGGAGGGUGAGAAACCUGAACUAGUAGCAGUAUUCAUAUAGAUUAACAAUUAUACUCUACUAUUUUCAAUCAUUGCAACAUUAUACUAAUAUGUGCGGGCCGCCCAUUUGCGGAGUUGUGCGGCCAAUUAUUCUCUUUCCAUUCCAGAAACGACCGUUUUGAAGCAAGAAGUGUCCCAAUGGCCAACACAAACGGGACUUGUCCGAAACACACAAGAUAAGUACAACAAUUUUAUAAUCAGGCGCCCAACUCUUUCUACGACUUUGCUAAUAGAUAAUGCAAUAUGCAUACUUCAAUAUCAAUUAUUUGUUUGUUUGCGCGUUUAUUUAUGACACUAUUGAAGCAUUCGUGUCGCCGCGGAAUAGUUUACAAUUUAUCUUAUUUACACUUUUCAAUUCACUUUAAAGUAUCUAACACUGCUUUUACAAUUGUGUAUGCAAACUUGUAUCUUAAUUAUGUUCAUUAUUAAUAGUAGUCUGAUAAAACAAGUCUAGUGAUUUUUUUUUUUACCAAGGAAUAGAAAGAGUUGGUGUCAUAAUCAAUACAAUACUUGAAACUGGAAACUCCUUAUUUCCCCCUAUGGGUUAUAGGGAGGGGCGGGACAUUCGAGCCUACUCAUCAGUGGAAAGGACUUGAUAUGCUAAUCGGUUUAGCAUAGGGCAGAUACAAGUCUACUGGUAGACGUAUCGCCCAGCGAAACAACGCAGAUUGGCCACGGCUCGGGGGUGCGUUGAUUAUAACAGAAUAUAACAGAUAUAGAACGGAUGUGACGUGGCAUGAGGGGCAGCAAGCAACAAAUGUGAAAACUAGCGAUACUUACCAGUCACGGGGAAAAAAUGGAACAAUAUCACACAAAGAAAGGACUCAACACACAAACUAUUGUUGUAAGAGUAAGAGAUUAAAGUAACAAGAGGAAUAAAAAAAAAAACAAAACAAUUGCAUGACUAAGCGAGAAAAUGCGAAAUAA